AACUGCUGUUGAAACAUGGCAAACCACUGGGGUGUCACUUCUUUUGUGGCACUAGCACUGCUAGCAUGCUUCGCUGGGAGGGAAGUAGAAGCUCAGGACAACAAAAGGAUUUCAAAUUCUCCCCCAAAGUUCGGUAAAAGAAGAAUCACUGUUGCAUUUGACGGCGGCCACGGCGGCGACGUCGGCCACGGAGGCAUCAUCGGCAGCGGCGGCGACGGCGGCGACGGGGGCACCGGCAGUAUGGUCGGCAGCGGCGGCAGCGGCGGCCACGGCGGCCACGGCGGAAUCAUCGGCAGCGGCGGCCACGGCGGAGACGGAGGAGACGCCCUCCGUCACUACCACCACCACCACCCCUACCCCUGCUUCGGUCGCUAUUGCUAUCAUCGUGACGGUGAUCGGCAGCAGCAGAACCCAACAAACUCUCAGACGCCACUCGGACACAUUCUGCCAAACAUUCCUCCUGCCCUGAGUUGUGACGUGCCAAAAAACACGAGAAUCACAUGUGGACUUCCUGAUAUCUCUACUGAACACUGCAAAGAGAUAAACUGCUGCUCUGAUGGACGGCACUGCUUUUAUGGAAAGGCAGUGACCGUUCAGUGCACCAAGGAUGGCCAGUUCAUUGUCGUAGUGGCGAGAGAUGCCACUCUGCCCAACAUUGACCUCGAGUCAAUCUCACUCUUGAGCAAAGCUCCAGGCUGUACACAUGUUGACUCUAAUUCAGACUUUGCCAUCUAUAACUUUGGUGUUACCGCAUGUGGCACCGUUGUUUCGGAGGAGCCUGGUGUUAUAAUCUAUGAGAACAGAAUGUUCUCCUCAUAUGAAGUGGAAACCGGGCGUUUCGGAGUUAUUACCAGAGACAGUCAAUUUGAUUUGAUCUUCCAGUGUCGGUACAUCGGCACCACUGUUGAAAGUGUGGUUGUAGAAGCACUACCGUUGAUAGAUAUUGUUCUACCAGUUGCUGCUCUGGGACCCAUCAGAGUGGAACUGAGGUUGGGUAAUGGACAGUGCAUUUCAAAGGGUUGUGUUGAAGAGGAAGUGGCCUAUGCUUCGUACUACACUGAUGCUGACUAUCCUGUCAGUAAAGUACUGAGGGACCCUGUGUACGUGGAGGUUCGACUCCUUGAGAAGACAGAUCCCAACCUUGUCCUGACUCUUGGUCGCUGUUGGGCAACCACAAGCCCCAACCCUCACACUCUGCCCCAGUGGGACAUUCUGACAGACGGGUGUCCAAGCAGGAACGAUAAAUACUUGUCUUCACUGGUUCCAGUCGGUUCCUCCUCUGGUCUGCUCUUCCCCAGUCACUACAGACGUUUCCUUUUCAAAAUGUUUACCUUUGUUGACCAAAUGUCAUCAAAGUCGACCAAAUCUCAACCCUUGAGGGAACAGGUGUACAUUCACUGCAGUACAGCAGUGUGCACUCCUGUAAUGGGAUACUCCUGUGAACCAAUGUGCUACAGAAAAAAGAGAGAUGUCAUGGAUGUGGCCCAGACAAGUUCUCAGCCAAAGGUCAUGGUUUCUGUAGGACCAGUGGACAUGGGUGCGUCUUGGCAGUAAACAGCAGUGUCAAACUCAAAUAUUUGGCCGAGAUCAUGAAGUAAAAGAUUUGCAUAUUACAGACUGUAUAUUGUCAUGAUUGCAAAAAGAUGACAGUGUGCUGCAGGAAGAAUGAAAUUGAUCCCGAAAGUAUUGCAGACACAAUUGUAUUAAAAUAUAUUGGCUUUGA